AUGCAGGCAUGCCACCCCUUGACCACGGAGCUUAGACGCUGGGAGAAGCUUGCACAGGUGACUGAGAAGGGCGAAAUCAACAAGGACGUGCAGGCCUCCAUGGCCAGCAGCCGGCAGCUGUGCCAGGCGAAGGUGCGGCCCAAGCCGGUCUGGGCCGGCGGCCUGGUGAACUUUCCAAAGUACAUGCUCAUCAAUAAUUGCCAUCUCAAGCAGAUGGACUUGCAGCGAUACGCCGACCAGUGUGAGCAG